AUGAAAAGGGUCAAUUUAAUUAGUUAUCUUUUUAUUUGCCCUUUAAAUGUAGCACAUAUAUUAGAUUCAGUAUUUUACAUGCAUGAAAUAAAUAAAAAUGCAAACAAUAAUAACUAUUUAUUUAGAUAUAAUAAUGAUAAUGAUAAUAAUAAUGAAAUAGAAAGAUUGUAUCAUGACAAAGAUUUACACGAAGUUUCUCAAAUAUUUUUUCAUUUAUCUCAAAAGUAUAAACUAUAUUUAAAAAAAAAAGAAAAAGACAAAUUAAAUAUAGUGGACAUUUCAAAAAACAAUAAUGAUGAUAUAUAUAAAUUUAAGGAUAUAAUUAUUAAUGACAAAGAAAUAUAUUUUUUAUAUGAAAAUGUAAAAACUAAAGAAAUUGAAAAAAUACAAAUUAAUAAAUCAAAUAAAGUUAGUAGCUAUUUAAAUUUAUUAAAAAAUGAUAGUUGUAUAUAUAAAUUAAAUAUGAUUGAAUAUAACAAGAUCAAAAAUAAAGUAAAUCAUAGUAAUGAUAUUGUAUUAAAUACUUAUUAUAUAUAUUUAUUAUUAUUAUUUUUUUCAUUAUGUAUAUAUAUAGAAAAAAAUAUAUUUAUAAUUUUCCCUAAAUUAAGAAAAUUCGAAAUUAUUGUGACAUUAUUAAUAAUCUUAAUACCUUCAAUUAUAUACUUAUUUUUUUUUUUUUUUUUUACUAUAACUAAUGUGAUAUUCUCGUAUAUAUUUUUUUAUUUCCUAUUCUAUCCAUUUACACACAAAUCAAAAAAUGAAAGUAAAAACGAAAGUAAAAACGAAAGUGAAAAUGAAUUAAAACCAAAUGGUCAAGCACACUCUUCAAAAAUUUAUUUUGUAGAAAAUAAAAGAAAAUCAGAUAAUUCAUAUAACUGUUUAAUACAUACACGAGUUAUAAAUAUGUGUAUUACAUAUUUGUGUAUAUUUGCUGUAGACUUUUUUUUUUUUCCAAAACAUUUUAAGAAAUCGGCUUACUAUGGAAACACUCUGAUGGAUUUAGGAAUAGGCGCCUGUAUAACAACCAGUGCAUACAGCUACAGGAAGAGAGCCAAUAAAGCAAACCAACAGGUAGCCAAUAAAGCAGACGAACAGGUAGCCAAACAGGUGGGCAUAAAUAGUGGGAAUGAACAACAUGGUAAAGAUAAUACAACAAAUGAAAAGACAGUUAAAUAUACAGAACAAAAUAAUGAUAUUUUUAAAUAUAUAAUAAAAUAUUUUAUUUUGUUUAUUUUGGGAAUUGGUCGAUUUUUCGCUAUAACAUUUUUUAAUUAUAAUUAUAGCAUAACAGAAUAUGGAAUACACUGGAAUUUUUUCUUAACCUUAUUUUUUUUAUUAGUCAUAACAAAUAUAAUAUUUAAUAUAUUAAAAAAUAAAAAAAAACGAAUUUUUAUUUUUAGCUGUAUUUCAAUUGUUAUAUAUGAAUUAUUUAUACAUAUAUUUGAUAUACAUAGUUAUAUAUUAUUAAAAAAGGAGAGAAAUACAUUUUUCGAAGCAAAUAAAGAAGGAAUAUUUAAUCUUAUAGGAUCAAUUAAUUUGUAUACAUUUUCUUAUUCAUUUUGGAACAUAUUUAUUGUUGAUUAUGGUGAAAAAAAAAAAAAAAAAAAAAAAAAAAAUUUAGAUGAAAAGUUAGACAAUAAUAAUGAAAUUUGUGGCAACAAAAUUUACAGCCAAAUUUGCAAAAUUUACGAUUUAAUACUUGCAAAAGAUAAAUAUUAUAGUGUAUACUUAAAUAUAAAGCUAUUUUUUUUUUCUUUUAUUUUUUAUAUAUUACAUUGGAUACUAAACAAGUAUGGAAAAUAUAGUAUUCGAGUUUUAUGUAAUGUUAAUUACAUAUUUAUAAUAUCAUCUAUUAGCAUUUUUAUGGCUAGUUUAAGUUAUAUCAUAGAGGAAAUAAUAACAGAAGAAAUAAAUAUAACUAUUUUAGAUAAAAUAAAUUCUAAUACUUUAACAAUAUUUUUAUUUUGCAAUAUUAUUUUAGGAAUAUUUAAUAUUUUAUUUCAGUCUUUAUUAUAUCCUCUUAUUUUAGCUAUAUUUAUUUUAAUUUUAUAUUCUUUACUUUUUUUAAUCUUUGCAAAUUUUUUACCAAUAUAUUCAAGAAAAAAAACUUAA